CCUACCGACCAUCUCUCUCCUCUCCAUCACUGAAUCUCUUCAUCUCUCUCUCUCUCUCUGUAUCCUCCGGUCUCUGCUAUGACAGCUCACACCAGCGGCGUGUUGCCCGAUCUCAGACCGCCAACCCGUCACCGGUUAUCCUGUCCAAACCUUAACAUGGACAAGUGUGUCUGGGAUAUUCGUGAUUGAUUUCCGGGUGUUAUUAUUAUCAUUACUAUUAUUUUUUGUUGUUUUUUGUAUAUAUAGGCUAAAAAACGCAACAGAAAGGAGGAGGGGAGGGGGGGCUGCCGGUCUUUUACCCCCCUCCGCUUCCUUCAGCCAAGCAGAGCGGCAAGGUGGGGAGAAGGCUUGAAAAUUAAGCCAGCUUGGAUUUAUUUAACAGCAAAAUGACGGAUUUGGGAGCGCCGGAGGUGCCGCUGAUGAGGAGACGGCAGAAUGUGAAGAAAACGGCCAGGCAGAGACGCGACCUCCCGCUUCUCCUCCUACUGGGGCUCCUCAUCGGGGAUUUCUCCUCAUCCAAAGCUGAAUCUUGUGGCGGUGUAGUUCAAGGCCUGAAUGGAACCAUAGAAUCGCCUGGUUUCCCCCAUGGCUAUCCCAACUACGCCAACUGCACAUGGCUGAUAAUAACCGGGGAGAGAAAUAGAAUCCAGCUAACCUUCGUUACACUGGCGCUGGAAGAAGACUUUGAUAUCGUAUCGGUUUAUGAUGGACAACCGUCACCUGGAAACUUAAAAAUGAGGUUGUCAGGAUUCAUGCUGCCCUCUCCUAUCGUCAGCAGUGGAUCUAUAUUGGCCUUAUGGUUUACCACAGACUUCGCCGUCAGUGCGCAGGGAUUCAAGGCUGUGUAUGAAGUGCUGCCCAGCCAUACAUGUGGCACCCCGGGACUUAUUCCAAAUGGAGUCAUUCAUGGCACGCGUUACAACAUGGGCGACAAGAUCCGUUACAGCUGUGAGUCCGGUUUUGUAUUGGAGGGACACAGUAUUCUCACAUGCAUUGUAUCGCCUGGCAGUGGAGCACAGUGGGACUUCCCUUCACCGUUUUGUAGAGCGGAGGGGGCGUGUGGUGGUACGUUAAGAGGUACCGCAGGUUCGAUAACCAGCCCAGGAUACCCCGCAGAGUAUGACAACAACCUGGACUGCACGUGGUCCAUCCUCGCUGAGCCGGGCGACACUAUAGCUCUGGUCUUCAAUGACUUCUUCCUAGAGGACAAAUAUGACUUCCUGGAAAUCAGUGGGACAGAAGCACCGAGCAUAUGGCUAACUGGUACAACCCUGCCCUCGCCAGUGAUAUCAAAUAAGAACUGGCUCCGGAUACAUUUCACCUCAGACAGCAACCACCGGAGAAAAGGAUUCAGCGCUCAGUACCAAGUGAAAAAAGCAAUAGAGUUGAAGUCCAGAGGGGUGAAGAUGAUGCCCAGCAAAGAUUCCAGUCACAAAAACGCUGUCUUGAGUCAAAGUGGCCUUGCUGGUGAUGUUUGUCCAGAUCCUGGAGUUCCAGAAAAUGGGAAGAGGAUGGGCUCUGCUUUUCAAGUGGGCUCCAGUGUCCAGUUCAGCUGUGACGACAGUUAUGUACUACAAGGGUCUAAAAGUAUCACCUGUCAGAGAGUUACUGACACCCUGGCUGCCUGGAGUGACCACAGACCCAUCUGCAGAACUCGUACCUGUGGCAGUAAUCUAAGGGGGCCCAGAGGGGUCAUAACUUCUCCUAACUACCCAGUUCAAUAUGAGAACAACGCACAUUGUGUGUGGGUCAUCACUGCAAUGGACCCUGGGAAGGUGAUAAAGCUGUCAUUUGAAGAGUUUGACCUGGAAAGAGGAUAUGACACUCUGACUGUGGGAGAUGGGGGGAAGAUAGGGGACACUCGGAGAGUACUCUAUGUACUGACUGGCUCCAGUGUCCCAGACCUCAUUGUAAGCCUGUCCAAUCAGAUGUGGCUACACCUGCAGUCAGACGAUACAAUUGGCUCAGCAGGAUUCAAGGCGGUGUAUGAAGAAAUCGAACGAGGAGGCUGCGGUGAUCCCGGGGUGCCGGCAUUUGGUCGCCGUAGUGGUGAUCGUUUUCAACAUGGUGACGUCCUGACCUUCUUUUGCCAGUCGGCUUUUGAACUAGUGGGAGAAAGGAGCAUCACAUGUCAGCACAAUAACCAGUGGUCUGGAAAUAAACCCAGCUGUGUCUUCUCAUGCUUCUUCAACUUCACGGCCCCAUCAGGGACUAUAUUGUCUCCUAACUACCCAGAAGAAUAUGGGAACAACCUUAACUGUGUGUGGUUGAUUAUAUCUGAACCGGGGAGCCGCAUCCAUCUGCUCUUCUCUGACUUUGACCUUGAGCCACAGUUCGACUGGUUGGUUGUCAAAGACGAAGGUCUAUCUGAGCCAACAACAUUUGGGACAUUCUCAGGAAAAGAUGUCCCAUCACAGAUUGCCUCAAAUGGACACAUCAUGAGACUGGAGUUCCAGUCUGAUCAUUCUAAUACGGGAAAAGGCUUCAAUAUCAGCUACACCACAUUUGGUCAGAAUGAAUGCCAUGAUCCAGGCGUUCCAGUCAAUGGUCAGAGGUAUGGAGACCAGUUUCAGCUGGGCAGCUCCGUGGCUUUCCGCUGUGAUCAAGGAUUCAUUAGGACGCAGGGGUCAGAUCAGGUUACUUGCAUCAUCCAGGAUGGAAAUGUUGUUUGGUCUGCUGCUGUGCCUCGCUGUGAAGCUCCAUGUGGAGGUCACCUGACAGCUCCUACUGGGGUUCUGCUGUCUCCUGGUUGGCCUUCCUUCUACAAAGACUCUCUGAGCUGCCAGUGGGUGAUUGAAGCGCAGUCCGACCAUGCUGUUAAGAUACACUUCGACAGGUUUCAGACUGAGGUCAAUUAUGACACAUUGGAAAUCAGGGAUGGUCCCUCAGUGUCUUCCCCCCUGAUUGGUGAAUACCACGGCACCCAAGCACCUCAUUUCCUGAUUUCCACUUCCAACUUCCUGUUCCUGCUGUUCACCACUGACAACAGUCGCUCUGCAGCAGGUUUCAGCAUCAGAUAUGAAAGUGUGAAAAUGGAGUCAGACUCUUGUCUUGAUCCUGGCAUUCCAGUCAAUGGUCGUCGCCAUGGAAGCAGCUUCUCAAUUGGUUCCCGUGUCUCAUUCACAUGUGACCCUGGAUACACACUGAGUGAUCAGGAGCCGAUUGUUUGUGAGCAGAAUCAUCAGUGGAGUCACGCUCUUCCUAGUUGUGACGCUCUUUGUGGAGGAUACGUAUAUGGUAAAACAGGGACUAUUCUGUCCCCUGGAUUUCCUGACUUUUACCCUAAUUCUCUUAACUGCACCUGGACUAUAGAAGUGUCUCAUGGGAAAGGAGUUCAUCUGGUUUUCCACACUUUCCAUCUUGAGGAGAACCAUGACUACCUGUCCAUCACCGAAGACAGCAAUUUCCUGAUUCCUGUAGCCAGGCUCACAGGCUCAGUGCUGCCCCCUAGUGUCAAAGCAGGACUUUAUGGGAACUUCAGUGCUCAGCUACGAUUCAUAUCAGAUUUUUCCAUGAGUUAUGAAGGGUUUAAUAUAACCUUCUCAGAAUAUGAUUUAGAGCCAUGUGAGGAUCCCGGUGUGCCAGCCUUCAGUAGGAGGAUGGGGUUUAGGUUCCGGGUUGGCGACUCGUUGGCUUUUUCUUGUUUCCAUGGCUACCGACUUGAGGGAGACAGUAAAAUCACUUGUCUUGGAGGAGGACGACGAGUCUGGAGCAACACACUUCCACGAUGUAUAGCUGAGUGCGGAGCCUCUACAAUGGGACCAGAAGGCGUUCUCCUUUCUCCUAACUUCCCUUCCAACUAUGAUAACAACCAUGAGUGCAUCUACCGCAUCACUACUGAAAAGGGCAAAGGAAUCAGACUGAAGGCUGAGAGCUUCUCAUUGCAAGAGGGAGACUAUCUCAAGGUAUAUGAUGGAGAAAACAGUUCGUCCCGUCUCCUUGGCAACUUCACACGUGACAGCAUGGUGGGUCAUAUCAUCAACAGCACAUCCAAUCACUUGUGGGUGGAGUUCAACAGCAACGCCUCUGGAACAAAUCAGGGCUUCCGCCUCACAUACACAAGUUUUGACCUCAUACGCUGUGAGGAACCAGGCGUACCCAGUUAUGGCUACAAGAUCCAGGAUGACGGUCACUAUGCCAACACGUUUGUCCUUUACUCCUGCAACCCUGGAUACAGUCUCCAUGGCAGCAGUACGCUCACCUGUCUUAGUGGAGACCGUCGUGUCUGGGACAAACCACUUCCUUCAUGCGUUGCGGAGUGUGGAGGUCACAUAACUGGAGCGGUGUCCGGACGGAUUCUGUCUCCAGGAUACCCUGCCCCAUAUGACAACAACCUCCACUGUACCUGGACCAUAGAAGCGGAUACAGGCAAGACAAUCAGCCUCCACUUCAUCGUCUUUGACACCGAGGUUGGCCACGAUAUCUUGAGAGUUUGGGAUGGUCCGUCUGGGCCGUCGGAUGGAGGGAUCCUGUUGAAAGAGUGGUCGGGUCCAGCCUUGCCUGAAGACAUCCACUCAACAUUCAACAUACUCACACUGCAGUUCGAUUCUGAUUAUUUCAUCAGCAAGCAAGGAUUUUCUAUACAGUUUUCCACCAAUACAGCAACCACCUGUAAUGACCCUGGCAUUCCUGUAAAUGGUUCUCGAUACGGAGACAGCAGAGAACCUGGGGACAGUAUGACGUUCCAGUGUGAUCCAGGGUAUCAGCUCCAAGGCCAAGACACGAUCACAUGUGUACGGAUGGAUAACAGAUUCUACUGGCAGCCUGAUCCUCCGACAUGUAUAGCCACCUGUGGAGGGAACGUCAGCGGCCCGUCUGGGGUCAUUCUCUCUCCUAACUACCCUCAGCCUUACCCUCCAGGAAAGGAGUGCGACUGGAGAAUCAGAGUCAACCCUGACUUUGUCAUCGCCCUAAUCUUCAAAAGUUUCAACAUGGAGCCAAGUUACGACUUUUUGCACAUCUAUGAAGGUGAAGACUCUAACGGGCCCUUACUAGCAAGUCUCCAAGGCAACCAGGCACCAGAGCGAAUAGAGAGCAGUGGGAACAGUCUUUUCCUGGCAUUUAGAUCUGACGCCUCACUGGGCAUGUCUGGGUUUGCCAUCGAAUAUCGAGAAAAACCAAGAGAGGCCUGUUUCGACCCUGGUAACAUUAUGAAUGCCAGUCGGACAGGAUAUGACUACAAACUGGGAUCUCAGGUGUCCUAUAAUUGUCACCAUGGAUACACCACAGUGGGCGGGGAUACCAUCACCUGUGUUAUGGGACAAGAUGGGAAGCCGGUUUGGGACAGGCCGCUGCCGCAGUGUAAAGCUCCAUGUGGAGGACAAUAUGGUGGAUCUGAGGGAGUCGUUUUAUCUCCGAACUAUCCUCUGAACUACACUACAAGACAAACCUGCUCUUAUUACAUUACAGUUUCCCCACAGUUUGUGGUGUUUGGCCAGUUUGCUGUUUUUCAGACAGCAAUGAAUGACUCAGUGGAACUGUUUGACGGAGCCAAUGAGAACGCCCGUUUGCUGAGCUCCCUGGCAGGGUCACACUCAGGUGAGACAUUGCCAUUGGCUACCUCCAAUCAGAUCAUGCUGCGGUUCAAUGCUAAGAGUGGCCAGUCAGCUAGAGGCUUCCACUUCGUCUACCAAGCUGUGCCUCGGACCAGCGACAGUCAGUGCAGUUCAGUGCCAGAACCUCGGUACGGCCGGCGGAUUGGUUCCGAGUUCUCAGCUGGUUCUGUGGUCCGGUUUGAGUGCAGUCCUGGAUAUCUGCUGAAAGGGUCCAGUGCCAUCCGUUGCCAGGCCGUUCCAGGUGCCCUGGCUCAGUGGAAUGCAACAACACCGACCUGUAUAGUUCCCUGCAGUGGCAAUUUGACUGAGCGCCGUGGUACGAUUCUGUCUCCUGGAUACCCUGAGCCUUACCCAAACAGUCUUAACUGCCUCUGGAGGAUCCACGUCAGUGAAGGGGCCGGGAUACAGAUACAAGUGAUGACGUUUGCUACUGAGCACAACUGGGACUCUCUAGAGAUCUACGACGGAGGAGACAUGACAGCUCCGAAAUUAGGGUCAUUUUCUGGAACAACAGCUCCCGCCCUCCUCAACUCUACAUCCAAUCAACUUCUACUGCACUUUCAAAGUGACAUCAGUGUGGUGGCAGCAGGCUUUCACUUAGAAUAUAAAACGGUUGGUCUCACCACAUGUCCAGAACCGAUGGUACCGGCCAAUGGUAUUAAAUCAGGAGACAGAUAUAUGGUCAAUGAGGUGGUUGCGUUCACCUGUGAACCUGGGUACACGUUACAGGGCCACUCUCACAUUUCCUGUAUGCCUGGAACAGUGCGUCGAUGGAACUACCCACCUCCUCUUUGCAUCGCUCGUUGCGGUGAGGUGAUGUCUGAGAUGAGCGGUGUCAUCCUUAGUCCAGGUUUCCCAGGCAACUACCCUGGCAACCUGGACUGCACCUGGCAAAUAACCCUGCCAACUGGAUAUGGAGCUCAUAUCCAGUUCCAGAACUUCUCCUCUGAAGAUAACCAUGACUUUUUGGAGGUCAGGGCAGGACCACAGCACAGCUCGGCCCUGAUUGGCCAGUUUACCGGCUCACAGAUCCCACCCUCUCUGCUGAGUACGACCCACCUUACAAUCAUUCACUUCUACAGUGACCACUCUGAGAACAGACCUGGGUUCAAACUGAACUAUCAGGCGUACCAGCUGCAGAACUGCCAGGACCCUUAUCCUUUCCCUAAUGGUGACAUCAUCAACUCUGACUACAGCGCUGGCCAAUCCGUGACUUUUCAGUGCUCUCCUGGUUACGUGUUGAUUGGACACCCAGUACUGACCUGUCUGCAUGGGACCAACAGAAAGUGGAAUCACCCAUUUCCACGCUGUGAGGCUCCGUGUGGCUAUAAUGUCACAGCUGAGAAUGGAACAAUCUAUUCACCACAGUACCCCAACGAAUAUCCCAACUCCCAAGACUGUAGCUGGCUCAUCACUGUUCCCCAUGGACACGGAGUUUAUAUCAACUUUACCUUACUGCAGACAGAGCCUGUCACUGAUUACAUUGCCGUCUGGGAUGGCCCAGAUACAUCCAGUCCUCAGCUGGGAGUCUUCAGCGGUAACACAGCGUUAGAGUCAGCCUACAGCACCAGCCCAAAGGUCCUGAUCUCCUUUCACUCAGACUUUUCAACUGGAGGGUUCUUCAUACUCAACUUCCACGCCUACCGUCUGAAGAAAUGCCCUCCACCUCCUGUUGUGGAAAAUUCAGAGAUGAUCUUCGAAGAUGAAGACUUCCAGAUUGGUGAUAUUGUGAAGUAUCGCUGUUUACCUGGAUACACACUGGUUGGGAAGGCGGAGCUUAUGUGUAAACUCAACUCCCACUUGCUCUUUGAAUCCCCUCCCCCCACCUGUCAAGCCCAGUGUCCAGCCAAUGAGGAACGGUCUUCAUCUUCAGGAGUGAUAUUAAGCCCGGGGUUUCCUAGCAACUACCCCAACAGCCAAACCUGUUCCUGGCUGCUUCGUAUGAUUCCAGGUUACACUAUCAAUAUCUAUGUAGAGAUGUUCCACAGUGAGAAGCAGUUUGAUGAGCUGGAGAUUUUUGACGGAUCCUCUGGACAAAGCCCUUUACUUGUCGCUCUAAGUGGUAACCACUCAUCCCAGCUGAACUUCACAUCUAAGACUAACCAGUUGUACCUGAGAUGGUCCACAGAUCAUGCCACCAACAAGAGAGGAUUCAAGAUACGAUACUCAGCUGCCUACUGUAGCAUCAAUGAUCCUCCAUUGAAUGGGGGCGUGGUCAACCGAACCAAACUUCGCCCAGGCAGCAGACUUCAGUUUUACUGUAACCGUGGCUACCGUUUGAUAGGUGCAGGUAAUGCCACCUGCAGGCUCCACCCCAACGGGCUUUUCCAGUGGGACGCACCUCCACCUUUUUGUCAAGCUGUCUCAUGUGGAAUCCCGGAAUCACUGGGCAACGGCAGCUUCCAUGCUUACCAGUACACAGUCGGUAGCCAGGUGACCUACCAGUGUAACCAUGGUUUCCACCUUGACCCUGGUGUUCAAAUGACAGUAGUGUGUUUGGAGGACGGCAGCUGGAGCAACGCUGCCUCACCCCCCAGAUGUCUACCUGUCCACUGCCCCAGCAUUGAAGGCACCUUGACAGAUCACAUGACCUACCGCCUGGUCUCUGGUAGGCUGGGAGAGUUUGGUUCGGUGGUGAUGCUAGAAUGCUCAACGGGGUAUUAUUUGGGGAUGGGGCACCGGACUCUUCGUUGUCUUGCCAACGGGACUUGGGAGGGCUCAGAUGACCCAGCUACAUGCAAGAUUAUCUCUUGUGGUGAGCUUCCUUCUCCACCUUUUGGUACCAAACUGGGGACAUUAACCACAUUUGGAGCAACAGCAAUCUUCAUGUGUAACCAUGGUUACACACUGGUGGGGUCACACGUGAGAGAGUGUGGCGCUAACGGGCUGUGGAGUGGAACAGAGACCAGAUGUCUAGCUGGUCACUGUGACUCUCCAGAUCCUAUAGUGAAUGGUCACAUUAGCGGGGAUGGCUCUAGUUACCGUGACACAGUGGUGUAUCAGUGCAUGUUAGGAUAUCGCCUUAUUGGAACAUCAGUCAGAAUCUGCCAGCAAGACCAUCGGUGGUCUGGAACAACCCCCGUCUGUGUCCCUAUAACUUGUGGUCACCCCGGCAACCCAGCCAAUGGCCGGACCAAUGGCAGCGAGUUCAACCUCAAUGAUGUUGUCAACUUCACCUGCAACAGAGGUUACAUCCUCAGUGGAAAUGCACGCGCUCAGUGCCGACUCAACGGACAAUGGAGCAGUCCCCUACCCGUCUGCAAAGUGGUAAACUGUUCUGACCCCGGGCAUGUGGAGAACGGUGUGCGCCAGUCUGGCCUACGUUACCCUGAAGUGUUCAGCUAUGGAAUAACUGUGGCGAUCCACUGUAAAAGAGGCUUUUACCUGCUGGGCUCUGCGCUCCUCACAUGCCAGCAUGAUGGACGAUGGGACAGACCAAUCCCACGCUGCCUAGCUAUUUCCUGUGGUGACCCCGGUGUACCCCCUAAUGCAGUAGUAUCUGGAACCCACAGCUGGGUGUAUGGUUCAGUUCUGCAGUACUCCUGCCUGCCAGGAGGGGUGCUAGUGGGUAACGCCACUCGCCACUGUCAAGAAGAUGGCACCUGGAGUGGAGCCCCUCCAUACUGCACCGGUGUAAGUCCAGGAAUAUGUGGAGACCCAGGGAUCCCCCCCCAUGGAGCUCGCCUAGGAGGGGAAGAAUUUAAAACCAAGAGCCUGCUGCGUUUUAGCUGCGAGGCAGGUUUUAGUCUGAUUGGCUCAUCUGAGAGAACUUGCCUUCACAAUGGCACCUGGAGUGGAACACAACCAGUCUGUCAAGCUGUAUCCUGUGGUAAUCCUGGCACCCCUGCACAUGGCAGAAUUGUCUUCAGUGACGGCAUCACCUUCGGCAGCUCAGUGGCUUAUGCGUGUUGGGAGGGGUUUAAAACAUCUGGUCUGACCACCAGACACUGCACAACAAAUGGCACAUGGACAGGGCAACCUCCAGAUUGCACCGUGAUCAGCUGUGGAGACCCAGGACCAGUGGGUAAUGGAGUCUAUGUAGGAAGUGAGUUUACCUUCAACCACACAGUGACAUACCGCUGUAACCCCGGUCACUUGAUGGAACCAUCUGGAUCCGGUCGCAACAUUUUGCGCUGCACAAAAGAUGGCACAUGGAACCAGACCAAACCCAGCUGUAAAGUGAUCCAGUGUGGACCUCCUCCUCAAGUGCAUCAUGGGAAAGUAGAAGGAACUGACCACUCAUGGGGAUCCAGCGUUAGCUACAGCUGUUUCCAUGGUUACCAGUUGUCCACUCCUGCUGUGUUGACCUGUGAGGGGAAUGGAACGUGGACAGGAGACAUACCACAGUGUCUGCCGGCUCUGUGUGGAGAUCCAGGCUCUCCCGGAGGUGGAUUCAGGGAAGGGAACAUAUUUUCCUACAGGUCAGAGGUCAGGUUCUAUUGCCACGCCCCUUACCUGCUGGUCGGCUCUGCCUCAAGAGUCUGUCAAGCUGAUGGGAUGUGGAGCGGCCAACAACCAGCCUGCAUAGAUCCAGCCUUCAACAGCUGUCGUGACCCAGGAACUCCUGCCUAUGGUAUUCCAGUCAUGGCCCAAGGGUUUCAGGUUGGCAGUAAGAUUUCCUUUAAAUGCCGUAAGAACUACCAUAUUCUUGGUUCCACGACAAGAACGUGCCUAGAAAACCUGACGUGGAGUGGAACUCAACCUGAGUGUAUAGCUCACUCAUGCAGACAGCCUGAGACUCCCACUAAUGUAGAUGUUCGAUCCAUGGACUUGCCCACCCUGGGAUACACGCUAAUCUACACCUGUCAAGACGGUUUCUAUCUCGCUGGAGGAUCAGAGCACAGAACAUGCAGGAGUGAUGGAAGAUGGUCAGGCAAACCCCCGCUCUGUAAAGUUGGAGUAAAGGUCAAUCCAAAAGGAAGAGGAGAGUCAGAUGUCCAGAAGAACAAGAUCCGAGUUCCAGUCGAUGUUUUUUCUACAAACUCAGAGUGGAGUGGUUUCUACGAGUAUCUAGGAAAGAGGCAGGCCACCACAUUUACAGUAACUGGGUUCAAUGGGACCAGUGGGAGAGUUAACGUCACUUUAAUGGAGACCAGCGGAGUGUCGAUCAGACUGUCAGGUACCUAUAAGUCAGAGGAAAACCAGUUGCUGUUGAAGGUCUACCAGGUGAAGGGGCCCACGGAACAUUACUACAGCAAGUUUAAGAACGACAACUGGGCAAUGGAUGGAUACGUCACUGCAGAAUCGGACCAGAAGACGUUUGUGUACCAGGGGCACAUUCACAGUAAAGACUUUGGCAAGUUCCAUCUGACAAGGCAAGGCCCUGUAACCAUAGCGAUAGACACAUCCAACCCAUACACAAACAGCAGCUCCGUGGCAGCCGCCAUUUUAGUUCCUUUCUUUGCCCUCAUCCUGUCUGGAUUUGCCUUCUACCUCUACAAGCAUAGGACAUUGUCUGCUGACACAGAUGACAAUGAGAGACCAAAAGACACCUGGGGGCCUGGCGGCAGGACCCGUCCCAAAGUCCAGUUCAAUGGUUAUGUUGGACAUGAAAGCUCAAAUGGUCAGGCAUCAUUUGAAAACCCAAUGUAUGACACCAACAUGAAACCCACUGAGGCUAAGGCUGUGCGAUUUGACACCACUCUUAAUACAGUCUGCACUGUGGUAUAGUCCAGCAGACCUGCCACUCCCUGCACAGUGGUUGAAUCCAGCUACCCCACUGCAGUCUGUGGUGUGGUUAACCCAAACCCAACAGAAGGAACAAACUUAUGAUUUGGAUUUGUCACUUCAAGCAGUCUGUGUUGUAGCACGCUGGGCAUCUCCCAGCAAAAUCUGCAUAGUAAUACAGCUCUGCUCCACCUCCUACCUGAACGAUGCUAUCAUCCACCUCUCCUCAUAAUCUGAAAGAGCAGAUUAAGGCUGGAACUGGGAAUAAAUAAGGGAGCAGAUGAUGACGCCAUCAAAUAACAUGAAGUCAGGAGAUUAAAACUGAGACCAGAAAUCAUUUAAGCACUGAUACUGAUACUACUGAGACAUCAAGGACAAAGUCAGGGAGAUGGGACAGGUAGGAACACUUCCUCCUCCAGAGAUAACCUUAUUUAACAGCGUUUAUCUAAUAUCAAUUGAUUGUGCAAAUGUUCCAGCCUCCUACAUGGAAAGGGCUUGGCAUGGUCAGUGUUAUACGGCCCAGAAUUACACCACACCUGCAGCCUGACCAGUGACUUACCCCAACCAAACCCCCACCCCUAUGCCAGAUUUGCACAGUGGUAUAGGCUCGCUAACUCCCCUGCUGCAGGCCAGACAUGGGUUUGACCGAUGUAAGGGUCUACCCUCAGGGGAAGCACAUAGACUACACAUAGACCCUCCAGACAUCCAAUAGUGAUUGGACAGUUCCUGUGUGACAACACUAAACCAUCAUCGGUACUGGACCAAAAAACUCCCACUGUACUUCUGUCACAUCACAGGACUGGACUCUAUGACACAUCAAGACAACUUCCACAGUCUGUUUUGGUGGAAUCUGAUCUGGUUCAUUUGCUGUAGAGUUGACGACCAGAUACAGCCAAUGAAGUGACAUAUUCAACCAUACUGAAACACCUGAUAUUCUCAUCAAGUUUUGGACACAGUACUAAUUUAGUACUAGGUAUGUCAGUGGCAAAUGUCAGAAACCUAAGGGUCUAAUAACAGUUGCAGAUGAAUUUGACAUGUUUUAGCCUGUUGGAUGGGUUUGUUUCAUAGCAGGACAAUCACAGAGUUAAGGAUUUAAGCUGUCUCAAAUAUACUUCACCUCCUGUGAUUAUUUUUACCUUUUGCCAUUUACUAUAUUGCCUUUAUGACAAUAUCUAUUUACAGUAUUUGGCAACAGUUCAGGCUAAAACAUAGCAAAUAAAGCAUCUGCAAAUGCUACUUUUCCCACAUUAUGUCCUACAUCCUGUGAAGAGAUGUGGACAGAUACUUUUCAGAGGAACUACACUGCUGAAAUUAGUCAUAUACACAAUAUUUCACUCUAGCUCUAGGCAGACCAUCCCGAACCAGAAACCCAGACAUUUGAGUUGCUGUGCGGGUCUACACAAUGGACUGGUUUCCAGAGGCCUGUCUAACACAAUUAAAGAAUCAGACAACUGAUUCUUGUUCUUGGACUAGCCAGGAUUCUGUGUUUGGUGGCUGAACAAGUGGAAGCCUGGAGGCAAUAAGCUGUCAGGAUCGUCGAGUGCUGCAAUCAGCUUUGGCCAAACCCAGGAAAUGAUUUGUCUUCGUAACUCCGGUUGGGAGUACCAGUCACUGACGGCUGAUUUUUCUACAGUAACUCCCCAGCCACAAAAUCAUAAACACAUGAACAGAUUAAUGGACAGACUGGUUGACUGACAGAAAUUAGACAGACGAACGCAGACAAACGAACAGACAGACAACUCUGUCAGUUAUGCUGGAAUAGAGAGACAAGGACCGGUUGCUACGGAAACGGAGGCAAAUAGUCUCUGAAUGUCUCUUCCGGCAUUUUUUUUCUUCAGUGAAGAUAUUGAUAAACAGACUCUAUGUUCGAAACCCAGUGGCCCCAUGGGACUUCAAAAACCACUGCUGCUGGGGACCCCAAGAUAAAAACUUUAUAUAAACUCUUAAACCGCACAAAUUUUGCACUAGUGUGUUUUUCUGACUGGGUUAUGAAAAAAUGAAUAAUUUUUGGGUCUGAAAUGGGUUUGAACAAUAAGUCAUUCAAAAAAGAGAAUUUUAUUCAGAACUUAUAUCUUUAAAAAGAUGACAAAUGACUAAAUACAGGGUUACAGAGUGUUUGUAUAUACACAUUUAUAUUUCACACUCCCUGUUAGCAGAAGGUGUGACCACAUGCUAUACCGUUGUUUAUUUUGUUGCCAUGACGACAUGCUAGCCAACCAGAAAGUUGGGAUCAGUUUACCUGUGGACCUCUAAACUUACAGUGUCAUGUAAUGGCACCAGUUCCUGCCAUUUCUUGGAACGGUAGUUGUUUGUGGAAGCUUACUCUGAAUACUAAUACUGUCACAUUAUGUGGAGGAAAUAUCCUCAGUUGCCAUCUGGGCUGAAACAUUGGUUCCACCCUGGUAGUUUUAUUUUCAGUCAUUUUUGCUGACAUUAACUUUCAUCAUUUUAUAAGAUUUGUGCUCUGAAAAUGAUGAAGGCAUUGUAAACAGUAUGUGAUGUUUUACAUGAAGGAGAAGGAGCAGGUGGUUGGCAGUGUAAGCUUUCAGAAACAGCUCAUCAUUUUUCAACUCUCUUUAAAAAGAUGUGUUGUAAUUGUCUGUAACUGCUCAUCAUCAUGCAUCAUAUCUCAACACAUUUGAUCAUAACUUGAUGCACAUGGUCGUAUCUGAACACACCUUUUUAAAGAGCACAGAGUAUGCGUGAUCGGGUUAAGAAUUGGUCGUUCAAGGCGAGGAGGACAAACGGACAUGAAGACAACAUGCACAAUUACUGUUGUCAACAGUUACCGCCCCCUGAGCCCCUCCAUUGUUUGAGAAAUACCUCGUGUGCAGAGAGCAAGUUACAUCCUGCUUAUCAAUGCUGGAAUCUCACUGCUACAAAUACGCAAGCUUAGCGAGUGCAGCCUUGCAUUCAGCUUAUUUCCUGGUAUACUAAAUCACAAUAUCAUACUAACACCCUUGAGUUCUUUGGAUUCAAGAAAAGUCACUAUUUUCAAAUCACUUGCCAAGCUUGUUAUUUCUCGCAGUGUUCUCUCGAAAUAUUUUUAUUUUUUUGGAAGAUGCUGCAUUUGGUUUAGAUCACAGAUGUAACUGCUUUCAGUGUGUGUCUUUAGGCCUGUUUCAUUCAACAUUGGGUUUAGAUUUAGGUUUAUACUUCAGUCACUGCUAUUGUUUGUUAGUUUUGCUGGUCCUGAAUCAUUUUCCUUUUGGUUUCCCACCUUCCAUCACAUUAUCAUAUACCUAAAACUGAUAAAUCACCAAUGCAUUCAUUGACAUGUACAAUAUAAAAUUGAUCUGGUAUGAAUGAGAGGCAAAAACGUCCAAAAUAGUAAUUUUAUCAGUAACAUAUACAUAUUACAGUACUAUAUUCUAGGUCAAGACUCAGUUUCCUGAAGUCUGAAUGCAAUUAUUCCAAAGAACUGAAAAACAUUUGGCAUGAGAAGGCUGUUAAAUCCACCUUUUGAAAUGCAUUACUGUAAAUUAAUUAGAUCUACCGCUGUACGUAUUUCCAUUUUGGGCUUUAAUGAAAAUGAACCGCAUCUGGCAAAUGCAUAAUGGCGACUGUGCUCGGAAGCAGGAAUAGCACCGGUAUUAUAAUCUUCAGUGUAGGCUUGUAAUUCAUAGUGUCAGGGUUGAGGUUGAACAGGCAGAAUCACGACGGUUACGACACUGGCAGGAGAUUAAAAGAGCACCAAGACGAGAGAUGAGAAGUCUAAUGUUUUGAGAAGAAUUAACGGGAUAUCUGUAAACAACAGUAGAAUGUCUGCUGUCAAGAUGGAGAGCCUCCGCUUGUCCUUUUAUUGCUGAGAUGCACCCAGCGUUUCUGUUUGAAUUGAUUUAAUUAAUUUAGUUGAGGUUUCCUAUGGAGUCAAGAGAGCAUAAUAAGGCCUGAAAAUUAGAGGCUGUUAGGUUUCCACAGGCGUAAUAAAAGGUCUAAUUUUUCACAAUUAAUGACAGAUCUGGUCUCCCUAUGUGCCUGAACAAGAAAAUUUAUAGUCUGCAGCUCAAGAGGCAGAGUAGGUUUUCCACAAACUGCAGGGUUGUUGGUUUGAUCCCCAACUCCUUCUGUUAAUAUGUUAAGUGUCCUUGGGCUAAACACUGAACCCUGAGUUGUUCUGCUGCUUCUAGUGUGCGAACGAAUAAAUGGAAGGCUCUUUGUGAAGCGCUGCGCAUAUGCAGUCCAUUUACCAAAUGCAGUCCAUUUACAGUGUCCUUAUUUCUAUCAUCUGAAGAUCAGAGCUGUACUCUGGAGUAUCAGUCCUCAUGUGCAAAAAAGCUACCAAACAAAAGCAAAUGUUCGUGCUGAUCCCAGAAGGCUGUAGCAUAUGUCCUUAAUAACCCUGAAGCGGAAGCCUAAAAUUAAUACAAUAUUGCUUCAAGCACAGGUAAGUAACAUUAUAUGACCACCAAAACAAAAAAGAGGAAAGAAGAUGAAAAAAAAAAAAAAAAACCUUUGAGGAGAGUUACAUUUUUAGCCCAUCAGAACACUAAGUCUUUCUCUUAAAAACCCAGAAGAUCUGUCAGCGUAGAUCUGUCAAAAUUGUCGGUACCUACUUGUACUGAAAUACUAGUUUGAGAGAUAUUAUGAACCUGAACUCAAAGGGAAAGAUCUUUACCCAGCAUGCCGAGCCAUGGCGAAGGCGCAGGCUGAGAUAGUGACAUGUUAGGAUUUAGAAUGAGAUGUCAGGUAAUGUUUUUCAUUGUCUGACUAAUGUGAAUGUUUCAACAAAGAAGACUUGAAUUGCUGCCUGCAUGAAUAGUGCUCUGUCGUGUCCAGUAAAAGAGACAGAUUUUGGCCCGAUAGCAGGGAAUAACUUUGUACCUUGACCAUGUAAUUCAAUUAAAGGGAAUGUGAAUGAAAGAGGGACGCUCCCCUAUCAGAUCUGUCUGUGUUUCCUCUCAAGAAAAGAAGCAUAAAAGCUAGAUCUAUUGUAGAGGUUCUGGUUUAAAAAAAAAAAAGUUCUUGACAGUCUUACCUAAUAGAUCUUCUAUUGAAGCUGUAAGUGUACGGCGACUUCUUUAGACUCUUAAUAAAGUGGUUUAGACAACAAGUUAAGAGGACAGACGCUGGAAUGACUGCAUAUUUGGCUCAUAUACUCCACUUCAAGUACCCUCUCUAACAAAUCAAAACAUAAGGUAUUCAUUAAACAUUGCACAUCUCGCCUCUGAGAUGCCUUUAACAUUUGGAUAGCGUUCUCCUCAUUCAGGAAUUGUUAUAAUGUGCGCAGAAGUUUCCACAAGUGUCCUUCAUUUGGCAUUGUCUGCAGUCCUCACUGUUUUAACAAUGAUAGCUCCUGCAAAUAUAUAUAUAUAUAUA